AUGGGUAGUUUAUGCUCAAACAUCGAGAAAGACGAUGCAUCUGGUGAAAAGGAUGGUCAGGGACAUAGAAGGGACAGCAAUACACUCACGCGACACUCCUCCAAACGUCUCCAAAAGCAUCCCCAUCACCACCGUCGCCACCAGCAGUCUACGCCCCCUACAGCUGGUCCCCUCCCACAUCACCAGGCUGACAUGGACAUGGCUCAAGAAAUGAUUGAUGCCCACGAUAAAGUCAUUGAAGAGGCCGGCGACAGCCUCUUCGGCCAGCCCUGGCCGAGGCGCCGCCAGGACACUAUCCUAGAUGUUGGUCGUCUGAGGACACGAGCGGCUGUCGCGGCAGUCAAGAUUGAUCGCUUCGAUGAGUACAUGCGCCAGCGAAACGAGAUUAUGAGCCGCGAAAGCACACUCUCAUUUGACUUCCGGCUUACGGUAUUAGCAUCGCCGAAAGAGAAAGAAGCCAACAUCAUCAUUCAGGCUCUCAAGAAGGAAGACAACAGCGAGGUGUAUGACGCGGCUGAGCCAAGGCUGGGGUGGGGUGGUCAGAAGCACUCCCGAUUUGCCGCUGACCACUUCCUGUCCAACGUGGACCUGAUCGAGAAGACCAAAUUAUUCAAAGUUGCAACCAAGAUGCCCAAAGGGGCGCAUCUUCAUAUUCAUUUCAAUGCCUGUUUAAAACCUACUACCCUUUUGGGUAUUGCCAAGGAGAUGGAUCGCAUGUUCAUCACCAGCGACAUCUCAUUAGCCCCCAGCGGCGAUGGCAUAGCCCAAGGAGAUGUUGCUAUAGCCCUCCAUCGGUGCGAAAUUCAAUUCUCUAUUCUACCUCCUGAGAAGGAAGAUCCCGGCAAUAUCUUCUCGCCGAGAUAUGUGAAACGACAAACCAUGAAAUACUCUCAAUUCCUAAGGGAAUUCUCUCAAUACUAUGACGGCCAAGAUGCUGAGGAGUGGCUCACAAGCAAAAUGAUUUUUCACGAACAAGAGGCUCAUAAUCACCUCCAGACAGUUCAAGGUGCUUGGGAAAAGUUUAACGGCCGCACGCGGAUGAUGAAGGGACUUUUUAACUACGAAACGGCAUAUCGCAAGUAUACCCGGAGUUGCUUAGAGGAUUUUGUUCGGGAUAACAUCCAAUACGCUGAGAUUCGACCGAAUUUUAUGGAGACAAACCAGCUCUGGACUGACGACGGCACAAGACAAAUCAAUAAUGUGGGUAUUAUGAAAAUUAUUAUCGAGGAGUAUGAAUCUUUCCAGGCUACAACCGAAGAUUACUUUGGCGGACUGAAAGUCAUUUACUGCACACCACGAUCAUUUUCCAACAAGUCAGUUGAAUUCGCUCUCGCUGAAUGUCUAACAUUCAAGCAGAAGUGGCCCCAAUGGAUUGCUGGUUUUGAUCUGGUUGGUGAGGAAUCUAAGGGGCGGCCUUUGAAGGACUUUAUUCCCGAGUUUCUAGAGUUUAGAAAGAACUGCGACGAGGCAAAGGUUGAUAUCCCGUUCCUUUUCCAUUGCGGCGAGACGACAGAGAUCGGCAACGAUACCGAUAGCAACCUUGUAGACGCUUUGCUGCUUAACUCAAAACGUAUUGGCCACGGUUUUGCUCUUGCCAGACACCCUUACAUUAUGGAACACAUGAAGAAGAGAGGUAUCUGCCUCGAGGUUUGUCCAAUUUCAAAUGAGGAGCUUGGCCUUACGCCAAGGAUUACGGGACACUCCAUGUACAACCUCCUCGCAAAUAACGUACAUUGUACGCUGAACUCAGACAAUGGAACAAUAUUUAGAUCAAGUCUUUCUCACGAUUUCUACCAAGCUAUGGUUGGCAAGACGGACAUGACGUUGCACGGUUGGCGGCAACUUAUCGAGUGGAGUUUGGAGCAUUCAUGUAUGUCCAAAGAGGAACUGGAGGCUGUGCGAACAGAGUGGGAGACACGAUGGGAGAAUUUUCUCGAUUGGAUCAUCUUCGAGUACGGCGGUGUGCAGGUGCUGGAGGACAAGUCGAAAACAUCGGCAUGA